AUCCAUUCUAUAUCUACUUCCUCCAGCCGUGCCUUUUUCCAAAGACGUCCUUCACACGCAAGGCUAACAAAUUACAAGCUACUUUUCCAGCCCUAUCAUUUCAAUCGUCCACACGAACGUAAUGAUGGCGACUGAGUUGCAAUCUCAGCUUGACCAGGGUCAACCUGAACGGAAAGAGGCAAGCCCGAGUCCUUCGCCUUCGGAAGAAGCGAUCCCAACGCUCCAGUCCAGCGUGAAUGCAGACCCAUUCGCGACCCCAACACACAAGUCCAGUGUGGGUGUAGACCCAUUUGCGACAGAGUCUUCUGCUCGAUUUCAGAAGGGCGAUAAAGUGCACAUGUCUCAAAUCGUCAAAGGUGACCGUGUCAAGGGCACGUAUACAAUCCACAAGGCCCGAUUACACGCCUCGAAGGCAUAUUGCGAGUACCAACUGCUUGAUGCACAAAAGCAGUUAUACAACAAGGGGGAAUGGGUCCGAGAGAAAGUUCUCAAAGUUGACCAAAAGCGUUAAUAGUCGGAAAACGAUGGGCCACCGGUGAACGAAGGACUGAUGAUGAGGGUGGCUCAGGAGACGGGAACGGAGCGAGGCGCGUGGCUGUGCCCCAUGAAGAUGUGAAUCUGUGGCACGAGGCGUGGCUAGAGCAUGAGGAUUGAAUCAUUUCAUUGGAUGGCGUUCGGGGUUUCUCAUCCUCCUCAUAUAUUUCGCAUAAUAU